UAAGUAUAUUGCCCCUACAUUCUUCUCUAGCUAUCCUCUCUUCUAUCUUUUCUUUUCUCUACCAUCUUGCACUUGUUCCUCUCCUAUCUCUUUCUUCCUUCCUCCAUCAAACUUUGUAUCCACCAGAGUCAAGCUCUUUUGGUUCUCUAAACAAGGGAAUGAUGAGUUAUCACACAGAGAUUACUGUUACUGCUAGUACAACUAGCAUCAACAGCAACAACCCUUAUGUUUACAUUUCCCCUGCUCCUGUUUCCCCUGCAGAAGCCAAACGUCCCAAUCCAAUGGAUAGAAUAUAUGAUGCAAUAAAUCAUUAUGGCAAGAAGGUUGAAGAAGCAACCAAACAAGCUGAGACCAUGGUUGGCAAUAUACGGAAUCACUUAAGAGUUAGUUCUAGACCAGCUGAUGCUGCAAUUGCUAGACUUAUUCAAGGAACAAAGGUACUUACAUCAGGAGGGCCUGAUAAGCUAUUUCAACAAACAUUUGGGGUUUUUCCAGGAGAGAAGCUCUUACAGCCAUGUGCUUGCUACAUAUCAACAAACUCUGGACCUCUAAUUGGAACACUCUAUAUAUCCACCAAAAGAUUAGCAUUUUGCAGUGACUAUCCACUGUGCCAUCAUCCAUUCUCCCUGCAGCAGCAUGAAUGUGUUUAUUAUAAGGUGAUAGUGCUGCUGGAUCAGUUGAGCAAUGUCAGUUCUGUCACAAAUGGAUUGAAUCCAUCAGAAAAACGCAUGCAGGUUAUCACAACGGAUGGCUAUGAGUUCAACUUUAUGGGGUUUUUCUCAUAUGACAAGGCUCUCAAGGCUGUAAACGAGGCUCUAAAGCAUUAAGGCAAUCAUUCCAGUGUUCAUGUAGUAACACUUCACCUGUGUGCUUAGAUUUACUCUUCAUUGAAAAUAUACUUUUUUUUUUUCUUUUUUUAAGUUAGGCUCAUAACAGCCCUUAACAUAAUGAGAUAACUCUUCAGUGUACCUUCACCAAGUUAAACCCAAUAACGAAAAAUAAAAGAGUUAAAUAUGAUUUUGAUCCCCCAAAUAUUAAUCUA